UUGACCUGAAUCAUCGUUUAUUUUCUUUCUCUCUUUCCUUUUUUUCCCCUCUCUGGCUAUGAGCUCAAACCUGAAACGCAAGCAAAUCAAAAUCAUAUAAAAAUUCAAUGGCGUUGGUACGCUGUUGCUUCUCCACAGUUACGAUCUUCUUGUUUUUCACUGGAUUGACAUCCUCAUAUUUAAUCUCAGAUGAUAUCUUUCAAACUCAUGCAGGAAGAACACUCCUCCAGUUGAAAAAAGAUUGUCCAGUUGAUUUUGAAAACAAGAACUACACAGUAAUCACAAGUCAAUGUAAAGGACCUCGUUACCCUCGUGAGCAAUGUUGCAGUGCUUUGAAUGAAUUUGCGUGUCCUUAUGCAGAUGAAUUGAAUGACUUGAAUAAUGUUUGUUCAUCAACCAUGUUCAGUUACAUAAUGCGAAUUGGGGGUUACCCACCUGGUUUGUUUGCAAAUCAAUGUGUAGAAGGGAAAUUAGGGCUUGAAUGUUCGUCUGACCCACCAGGCUCAUCUAAUCCCAACCCUAAUAGAGGUUCAGUGGUCUCAGUGUUGCUCGUCUUCAGCACUUCUUCUCAUAGUAGUAAUCGGUGUAUUACUGUUUUGAUGCCAGAAUUGCCGAUUUCCUCUAUCCUCCAUGGUUCAGUGUAGCAAGGUUGAAACUUGAAAGUUUCAGCAGUGGGAAGAUAUUUCAUCCAGCGCUUCUGUGUGUUGCUUCUGUGUCGGAAUGUAUUUAUUUUGUACUUUGUUGAUACUAUCAAGGAACUCAAAAUUUCAUGCAUUUUUGAUAUACAAUUAACAUGAAAAAUAAACCAAUGGAAGCAUAGAAACAUACUUA